GCGUAGGGGAGAGCGGGGUAAGUUGUCACACGGGUAAGUUGUCACACUGUUCAUAACUCCAACACUAGAGGCUCUAUCUCAAAAAUGAAAUAGCCACUUUGUGUGACUUCUUCUUCUAUAGUCAACCUCCUGUUCACAUGUGGUCAAGACUGCUCUAAUCUGAGGUUUUUGAAGAAAGGAAGGAGAGGCAGGAAUUAAGGAAUGAAGGAAGAAAGUAAGAUGGUUCGAAAUUAUCAACGAAAGACAGAGCGUGGCAGAACACCACCUGACAUUAUGUUAAAGGCAGUCAGGCAGGUAAAGAUGCAGAACAAAUCAAUCAGAAGUACAGCAAAGGAUUUUGACAUAAAUUACCGUACUCUAACUCGGUAUUGUCAAAAGAUUACCAGAGAAGAAAUUGAAAGUCAGACAGCCAUGCCAACAACAAUGGUUGGUUAUACAACGCCAAGGAAGAUUUUUUUCCCCUGAUUUGGAAAAGCAGCUUGUUGAGUAUAUUACUAGGUCAGCUGACAUUUAUUUUGGUCUGUCACCAAGUGAGGUCAGAAAGCUUGCCUACCAGUUUGCUGUGGCACACGAACUGAAGUUUGUGCCUUUGUGGGCAGAAAAAGAAAAGGCCAGCAAAGAGUGGUUUACAGGCUUUUUAAAGCGGCAUACAACAUUGUCACUGAGAAAUCCAGAAGCAACUAGCCUUGCCAGGGCAAGUAGCUUCAACAGAGAGAAUGUCAAUGCUUUCUUUGACAACUUAGAGAAAGUGUUAUGCAAAUAUGAGUUUGGACCAGGAGACAUUUGGAAUGUUGAUGAAACUGGGGUCACCACUGUACAUAAACCAGACAAAGUGUUGGCCAGACGUGGAUUCAAACAAGUAGGGUCAUUGACCUCUGCUCAAAGGGGAACCCUUGUCACACUGGCCUGUGCUGUCUCAGCCAUAGGGAAUAGUUUACCUCCAUACUUUAUUUUCCCGCAUGUCCACUUCCGUGACCAUUUCCUGAUCAACGGGCCACCCGGCAGCAAAGGAGGGGCAAAUUCCUCUGGAUGGAUGAAAGACACACACUUUGUUGACUUCCUGCAACAUUUCAAUGAACAUACAAAGUGUUCAAAGGAGAAGCCCUGUUUACUCCUUUUGGACAACCACGAGUCUCAUCUGUCCAUUGAUGGACUCAAUUAUGCCAAAGAAAAUGGCAUAAUCAUGCUGUCAUUCCCACCCCACUGCUCACAUCGGCUCCAACCAUUAGACAGGUCUGUCUACGGGCCACUAAAGAGGCACAUCAACAGCACGUGUGAUGCCUGGAUGAGGAACAACCCUGGGAAGACAAUGUCUAUUUAUGACAUUCCUGGGAUUGUGGUAAUUGCAUAUCCUCUGGCUGCAACCCCAUUGAACAUUCAGGCUGGUUUUAGGGUGGCUGGGAUUCAACCUUACAACAGAAAUGUAUUUCUGGAAGCCAAGUUUGCACCAUCCUACGUCACAGAUCGCCCUAUUCCGGACCCUGCCCUGCCAGGCCCCAGCACCAACUCUGACCUGCCAGGCCCCAGCACUACCUCUGCACUGCCAGGCCCCAGCACCAACACUGCACUGCCAGGCCCCAGCACCACCUCUGACCUGCCAGGCCCCAGCACUACCUCUGCACUGCCAGGCCCCAGCACUAACUCUGCACUGCUAGGCCCCAGCACUACCUCUGCACUGCCAGGCCCCAGCACUAACUCUGCACUGCUAGGCCCCAGCACUACCUCUGCACUGCCAGGCCCCAGCACCAACUCUGCACUGCUAGGCCCCAGCACCAACUCUGAACUGCCAAGCUCCAGCACCAUCUCUAUCACGAGCUCACCCUUACCCAGCACUGCAAUUACUGACAGCGGACUACCAACUCCAGAGGACAUCCGGCCAUAUCCAAAAGCUGGCCGCCGAAAACCAUCCAGCAAAGGAAGAAAACGACGCAAAUCAGCAAUUCUAACUGACACGCCAGUGAAGCAGCAACUAGAAAAAGAAAAGAAUAAGGCUGAAUCUAGCAAAAAGCUGUUUCAAAAGAGAGGGACGCGAGGGGGGAAAACAUCUGGACCUAUGAAGAACAACGCAGCUAAAAGAAGAAAAAUAAUUCAAGAGUCAUCAUCAGAUGAUGAAGAGUGCUUCUGCCUUGUCUGUGUGGAGCCAUUUUCAAACAGUCGUCCAAAAGAGACCUGGGUAAAAUGCGUAAAAUGCAACAAAUGGGCCCAUGAUGCUUGCACCUCAGGCCAGGCAAUUUAUGUGUGCCAGAAUUGUGACUCUGAAGUUGAGUCUGAUUAAUCAGAAAUAGGGCAUCUGUUUUGUUCAGAGGAUAAACAUGUUAAGUAAAGCAAGUUAUUUGCAGCAUUCCAUUCAGUUAUGAUGGAUUUAUGUGCAAGCCAGAGAACAUUUGAGUUUAAAGUUCAAACUAAAGUUUUCUUUCUACUUAAUGUUUUGAUUAAAAUGUGUAUUGGAUUGAAAUAAUUGUUUUUUUUCCAAAUUCUCUUGGCAUAAUUGUUCAAAUUUCCAGUUUUGGUUUGAAUUUACUAAUUAAAAUCAAUAAUCACAAUUAAGUAUUUGUGUUCUUAUUUUAAGAUAAUCUAGUGUGACAACUUACCUGCCGAUGGGGCAAAUUGUCACAAGUGCACAUUCUCCAUUCAACAGUCUACAACUCCGUAAUGAGAUAAGAUAUGAAAAUGUAAUGAAUACAUCAUAUGUGCCCGAGACUUCCUUCUUUCAUUUGGUGAAACAUUUAUUACGUUGUGAUGUAUGGUGCUCAGUAAAAGUUAGUCAGUGUGAAAAGUGUGACAACUUACCCCGCUCUCCC